AUGUCUUGGUUGCCCUGGCUCUUCACUGGGUGGCCCUCCUCAGCCCUCUCCCUGCUGCUUCUCAGUGUAGUGGGCAGACAGACAGGUCUGGAGGUGGUUCAGGCAGUAGUGUGCUCUCAGUGGGGUGCACCAAGCAGCAAGAGCCUCUCCCAGGAUGGAGAUGUGAUAAUUGGUGGACUUUUUGAUCUGUAUUACAUACCCACAGCUAUAGAGCAGGACUUCACCAAGGUGCCAUAUUAUACACCUUGCACUGGGUUAGAUCCAGAGUCAUUAAAAUAUAUGUAUGUUAUGGCAUUUGCUGUGGAGGAAAUCAAUCGUAACAGCACCCUGCUGCCAGGAGUGAAGCUGGGCUACCAUAUAUUUGACAGCUGUAGCUUGGCUCUUCAAAAUGCACUCUCACUGGUUGGAGGAGACACACAGAGCUGCAAUUUAACAGCCUCUGUGCCUCGUUCUACAUCCUAUGAACAACCUGGAGAAACAAGUGGUCAGCCUGUUCCUGUGCUCAUUGGUGCUUCCUCAUCUACAAUAGGAAUAAUACUAUCCAGGACCCUCGGGCCUCUCUCUAUCAGUUACUUCGCUAGCUGUCCCUGUCUUAGUGACAGAUCCAAGUUUCCUAACUUCUUCAGAACUAUCCCCAGUGAUAUAUAUCAGGCCUGGGCCAUGGCUCAACUGGCCAUACGUUUCCACUGGACUUGGAUUGGAGCUGUUAUUGAAAACAAUGACUAUGGUCAUUUGGCGAUACAGGCUUUUCAGGAAGAGAUUCAGGGGAAAGGGGUGUGUUUGGAAUUCAUAGAGACUGUCAAUAAAGAAACUAUGGUGAGUGAUACCAGACGUGCAGCACUCACAAUUCAAGCUUCCACUGUGAGGGUGAUUCUGAUCUUUUGCUGGUAUACUGAUGUAAGGAAAAUAUUUCUGGAGCUGACCAAAAUAAAUGUUACUGACAGACAGUUUGUGGCCAGUGAGGCCUGGAGUACCAGUGAUAAUCUUCUCCAAGAUCUUGCCAUCUCAAAGGUGGCGAGUGGUGUUCUUGGUGUGGCCAUUCAGAGUUCAACAAUACCUGGAUUUGAAAAUUAUCUCAGAAAUUUGCACCCACGUCAUCGUCCUGAUGAUGAAUUCUUAAGAGAAUUCUGGGAAAACAAGUUUGGAUGCAGUCCAGAGGACACACCUUUGUUUUCAUCUUCAUCAUCAAAUCAGAAAACUUCUCUACCCCCCUGCAGUGGCACAGAGUCUCUGGUGGGACUGCAGCAUCCCUUUACUGACACCUCCCAGCUAAGGGUGGCACAUAAUGUCUACCUUGCUGUUUAUGCAGCAGCCCACACCCUUCACAGCCUUCUCUCCUGCCCCAACAGAGACAGUUCCCCCAGAAACACUUUAACUUGCUCCUCUCCAAAAUCCAUCAAGCCAAUAGAGCUGUUGCAGCACUUGAACAAAGUGAAUGUCACCACACCACAGGGUGAAAUGUUCUAUUUCCAAGGGGCCGACAUUCCAGCAAAGUACGAUCUUAUCAACUGGCAGAACACUCCUGAGGGGACACUAAAACUUGUGUUGACUGGUCAUGUGGAUGGGUUUAAUCUCCACCUUAAUGAAUCAGCUAUUCAGUGGAGCACAGGAUCCAAUCAGGUGCCUGUUUCAGUGUGCAGCGAGAGCUGCCCUCCAGGGACCAGAGUGGCCAACAGGAAAGGGGAACCUGUCUGCUGCUUUGACUGUAUCCCAUGUGCUGAAGGGGAGAUUAGCAAUACAACUGGUUCCCACCACUGUGAACGUUGUCCAUCAGAGUUCUGGUCCAAUGCUGAACGAACUGCCUGCAUCCCUCGUCAAGUGGAUUUCCUUUCCUUUAAUGAAAUUUUGGGCAUAACCUUGGCUACAGCAGCUGUGUCUGGGGCCACAGUGACAACAGCUGUGUUUGUGGUUUUUCUUAAAUACCAUCAAACACCUAUGGUACGAGCCAACAACUCAGAACUGAGCUUUCUGCUUCUUGUGUCGCUGAAGCUCUGCUUCCUGUGCUCACUGUUGUUCAUUGGUCGUCCAUCAGUCUGGGCUUGUCGGUUCCAGCAGGCAGCUUUUGGGAUCAGCUUUGUACUCUGUGUUUCCUGCCUCCUGGUAAAAACCAUAGUGGUUCUUGUAGCGUUCCGUUCAGCUCGGCCUGGUGCUAAAGCUUUGAUGAAGUGGUUUGGUCCAGGCCUACAGAGAGGAAGUGUCUGCUUCUUCACCUGUAUACAGGUUAGCAUCUGUGCUGUAUGGCUGUCGCUCAGUCCCCCCAUGCCUCAACAAGAUCUGGGUUUCCAAGGGUCAAAGGUUACACUGAAGUGUGCCAUGGCCUCUGUGGUGGGUUUCUCUCUUGUUCUGGGUUACAUUGGCCUGUUGGCCUGUACCUGCCUCCUCUUGGCCUUUCUUGCUCGGAAACUUCCUGACAACUUCAAUGAGGCCAAACUGAUCACUUUCAGCAUGCUGAUCUUCUGUGCUGUCUGGGUGGCCUUUGUCCCUGCUUAUGUUAGCUCUCCUGGGAAGUAUGUUGUUGCUGUGGAAAUCUUUGCAAUUCUUGCUUCUAGCUAUGGUUUACUGCUCUGCAUAUUUGCUCCAAAAUGUUUCAUUAUUCUUUUGAGGCCUGAGAAGAACACUAAGAAACACCUGAUGGCUAGAUAG